ACUUCGUCCGCCGCACUCUCCCUCUCUCUCUCUCUCUCUCUCUCUCUCUCUCUCUCUCUCGGUGUUUCAAGCAUUCGAUUUUCUAUUGGUUUCAGUGUGUCUAAAUGAGGGAAAGGAGCUACACCCCAUCACCACCAAGAGGUUAUGGUAGAAGAGGAAGAAGUCCUCCACGAGGAGGACGUUAUGGUAGGGAAGAAGCUCCAACUAGUCUUUUAGUUCGUAACCUACGGCACGAUUGCAGGCCAGAAGAUUUGAGGAGACCAUUCGGCCAAUUUGGCCCGCUUAAGGACAUCUAUCUCCCUAGAGAUUAUUACACAGGUAAUCCGCGAGGUUUCGGAUUUGUCCAGUAUGUGGACCCAGCCGAUGCUGCAGAAGCUAAGUAUCAGAUGGAUGGUCAAAUUCUGCACGGUCGGGAGCUCACUGUUGUUUUUGCUGAGGAAAAUAGGAAGAAGCCAACUGAAAUGAGAUCUCGAGAAAGGAGUGUAAGAAGCAGUGAUUACGAUAGAAGGCGAUCCCCUCCACGAUAUUCUCGUUCUCCCAGGUAUUCUCGUUCACCACCUCCACGGUAUGGAAGGUCUCAUUCUCGCAACCAUGACUACUAUUCUCCUCCCAAGAGAAGAUACUCUAGAUCUGUAUCACCGUACGAGAGAAGGUACAGUAGAGAGAGAUCAUACUCACACUCCCCAGCAUAUGAUGGGCCAAGGAACCGCGGUGGAAGUCCAGUGAGGGAAAGAUCACCAUAUGGUUCAAGGAGCCGAAGCCAAAGUCCAGGGCGUCGCCCUUCUCCAGUUAGGGCUCGAAGCCCUAGUAGAAGCAGGAGCAGGAGCCCGUUUCCAACCGACUAUGUGAGGGAACCUCCAAGGGAUAGGUCUAUGACCCCGUGAAAAAUCUAUUAAAGUACAUAUGUUCUUAUGCUAUAUCGAGGGUGGUUGUUCCUAAUUUGGAUCGGUUGUACUCUCUUCAACUAUUUACCAUUUUCAUUUCUUUUAGCCUUUAGGACUCGUUUGCUUGGAAAACAUUAACUAUCAUUAAUUAAAUAAUUAGACUUUACUUAAUGUUUGGUUUGUUCAUCUUCUUUUAGUCAGCGCAUAAUAAAUGAAGAAUGAUCUCGUCUUGGCCUGGACCUUUUACCAGUCCAAUUAGA